AUGCCCUCUGCCAUUCUGACAUUUGCAUUUGGGGAAACUGUUUUUUCAAAGCCUGGGUGUAUUUUCUUGGCUUUCUUGGAAUCUGUGGCUUGUGGAGUUUCGCUGAUGUCACUUAUGCUGAUUGCAAUUAACCGCUAUUUGUUUAUCUGUGAGUACCACAGGUACGCUAAAAUCUGCACCGGGAGACUUAUUACUGCUGCGGUCGUAGCGUCCUGGGUAACCGUUGCUGUGCUCAUAGCGUUUCCACCACUUGUAGGGUGGGGCAAUUAUGGCUAUGACGCGAAGACUGAGGACUGCAUCGUCGAUCGAACGGCCGAUUUGAUAUACAACAUUUACGGAACAGGUGUCUUCAUAAUGGUUCCUCUUUUAUUCACAUUUUUCUGCUAUUUCAAAAUUUUUCAAACUGUCUACACACAGCGAAAGGCAAUGAGGAAUCACGUCGGAUUUUCAGGGAGACAGAUAAGUAAGAAGGACAUAAAACUGAUAGUGACUUUACUGGUUGUACUAUUAAUGUUCGUAUUAUGUUGGGUUCCCUUCGUAGGGGCGGUGCUGUUCGAUGGUGUAAGGGACAUGGCCCCCUCGGACGUGUACCUAUCUGCCGCCUGGCUGGCUAUGACAAACUCUUGUAUAAACAGUUUUAUUUACGGAGUAGCAGACCCAAAUUUCAGACAAGGAUAUAAAAAGAUUUUACUUUGUUGUCAGACGAAAUCUAGUCGUGUAGGCACCACUGACACCACUCCGCCAGCUCCAACUGCCUGA